UUCUGAUCACGUCAGAGGUCCAGAUUAGCAAUGCUUUUGAGUCACAAAGCCUAUCAGAAGACGGACCACGGUUGAAUCUGUAUGCGGUGUUCUCCAUACAAGACGAAGUUGACCGGCGGUGGCAUAUUGAAGAAUCUGUAGAUCAUCGACUGCAGUAGAUUUCUUGUGAUUUGAAAGUUAUUCAGUGGGCGAUCGCAUGCUGCAGGAUCGAUUCAUUCAAUAGAUCUGAAAUCGUGUACCAAUUAGCAAGAAUUUGUGUAACAUAGAGGUUUGCUAAGGUAUUGUAAAGCUGUAGUUGAAGUCGAUCGUGGCUCGAUUGGCGUUUCCUGUUGAUUAUAAACAAAAAAACCUGUACAAAUUUUGGGUGAAGAGUUAGGUUUUUGAUCGAUUUGAGAGGCAAGAGACGAGGAAGAGACAUUGUAGGUAAAGAUAGGAUGGCGAAUACAGUUACCGAGCUUUUGCUGACACCUAACACUGGAUGGGGAAAGACUACCGCUACGCCGAAGCCAUCCGGGGGUGGUAUUGGUGAGCAAGGCAAAGUUCGAGUGAGCGUGGCAUCGCAUCAAGCAGUUAGCCGAGGGGAUGGCACAGCGAGUCCCACCUCGUCGGAGGAAGCCACUUACGGUGGUGGACAGAGCCAGGAGCUACAGCCUCAAGUGGUGUGGGGGUAUUGUCUCCUGCAAGGGCUAUCUGGCCGACCCAUGGAAGACUUACAUGUCGCCGAAGUGCGAACUAUCAAUGAAGAGGAGGUGGCGUUCUUCGGUAUCUUCGAUGCCCACAACGGCGACGCUGCAGCGAAAUAUUUGCAGGACCACCUCUUCGACAACAUCCUGAACGAGGGCGGUGUGCAAUCAGACCCCGCAGGCGCUACCCGCGACGCAUACCUUCUCACGGACCGCGACAUGUUGGCCUCACCACUAGAGAAAGGCGGCAGCACGGCUGUGACAGCCAUGGUGUACGGGAAGGGCAGCCGCUUGAUCGUGGCCAAUUUGGGCGACUCCCGUGCGGUGUUAUCCAAAAACGGCGAACCAAUGCAGCUCUCCGUGGACCACGACCCAGGCCGCCCCACUGAACGCGCCAUUGUCGAAGCUCGCGGCGGCCACGUCACACACCUUCCUGGUGAUCAAUGGCGAGUGGACGGACUGCUAGCGCUCACACGAGCAUUCGGUGACAAGGAACUGAAGGAGCACAUGAGCUCGAAGCUAGAUGUUGCCGAUGUAGUGGUGGACUUGUCGUGUGAGUUUCUAGUGUUGGGAAGCAACGGCUUGUUCUCCAUGUAUGACAACCAGGAAGUGGUGGACCGAGUGCGACGAUGCCAGGACCCUGUCAAGGCUGCACAUGAGCUUGUGGUGGAGGCGCGGCGGCGCUACUGUGAAGAUGAUAUCUCCUGCAUUGUGAUCAAGUUCCAGGAGUUGUAGCAACUGAGUUGUUUCAUGUCGGAGCUAAACUAGGUGAUGGACAAACUGUAACGCCGCCAGCUACACUUUCUGAUACUAGAAUCCGGCCUCUGAUUGUCACUUCCAUCUCUCGCUUGCUUGUGUGUCUCAUGCUUCCUGAUCUUUUAUUGUCUCAAAGGAGCAUUUGCACAGGUUGAGAAAAGCAUGACCCUGCACUUGCAGUAAAGGCACGUUUCAAAUUA